UUCACUCAGCUUUGCAUGCGCAAUGGACUGGGGCUGAAGAGAAGAACAAAGAAGGGGAAGAAGAUUGCAACAUGGUGCCCCCGCAGAAGUACCCUGGACCCGGAUAUCAGGCUUAAGAUGAAUAGCAACAUGAAGCAGAGAUCUGAUGUAGAGAACCCUUCCAUGUCAAUUAAGAACUACAUUGUAGAUAAAACAAAUGAGGCACUUGCACCAAGAAGAACACUUAAAGUAAUCCAGCAAUCUGCAUCUGGGUGCCUUGUUGGAAGGGCCAAAGAGCCUGCUAAAAAUUCUACAAAAAGAAAACUAUGGAAUGAUCAACUGACUUCAAAAAAGGCUAAAGUUGAAGUGGCUGUUGAUCCAGAAAACAAGGAUUGCCCAUCUGAAGCAUAUGACCUCAUGGUGAAAGAAACCCCAACUUGUCUGUACUGGAAGGAUGUUGCAGAGGAAAGAAGAAAGGCCCUCUAUGAAGCAUUACAAGAAAAUGAGAAGCUGCAUCAAGAAAUAGAACUCAAAGAUGAAGAAAUUGCACGCUUGAAACAAGAAAAUGAUGAAUUAAUGGAACUUGCUGGACAUGUACAGUACAUGGCGAAUAUGAUUGAAAGGCUCACUGGAAAUGCACCACAAAGUCUUGAAGAUUUAAAGAAUUUGGAUUUAGAAGAAGCAAGGUUUGAAGAUGAAGCAGAAUCAAGGAUUGAAGAUGAAACUGAUAUGACUCAGCCCUCAAGUUCAGAUCAGAACAUGGAUAAACAAACUGUCUAGCCUGUGAACUACUGACUUUUUUUAAAAAAAAAAUUUUUUAAAGUGGCCGGUAACAUUUCGAAAGAUCUUCUGCUCAAUGGAAGCUGAAAAAGUAACAUUUUAUUAGUCCGUAAUGUUGAAGGGUUUAAGUUCAGUAAGACCUUUAACUGCGAAGCUUGACAUCUGAUUAAGGAAGUUUUAGAAUUUGCUAACUCAAUAUUUUAAGUUGGGUCACUUGUCUAACAAAUACUAUGUAUUUAUUGUAAAUGGGGUUCUUUUUUUAAUUUCCAGCCUUUAUGUGAGGUGAUUGUACAUACUUGAAUAAACUUCAGUUUUAAGUAUUAAAACAUA